AGCCAAACCCUCAUUUUCCAAAUAUCUUCAUUGACCGCUGGUCCACCUCCGUCUGCUUGAUGAUUUACAAUAAUGGCGACGCUUUUAUUUUGAGUGUACUUCUGCGAGUCAUUUGACAAAAUAAAUACAUUUGAGGGAAAAAAAUCAAAUACAUAUGAUAAUAAACGUAGCAGGAAACAAUUAUAUUCCAACAAAAAAAGGACUAAGCUACGCUACUUGGCUAAUGUGUUACUUAAGUUGUGGAGGUGGCAUUCUUGCGGAGGCACAAGCGCUAACGUUAGCUAGCAGCUAACAAAGGUCUACAAUUUCGUGACGAUGUGGCUACUUUACAAGCUCUUGGGGUGACACUUUCUUGUGGUCUUGGGACGAAAAACAACUUAAAGGGGAUACUGAGACGUACCAGUUAUUUCCACACCGUUACAGAACAGCGUGUGGAGUGGAAAGUGCGUGCCAUUCAACAGCUUACUUUGUCAGCUAACGUCAACUCGCUAGCUAGCAUUUUGGCUAUCUUGGCUUUGCUUCCCAGUUCACUGCGUUGUUGUUUUUAGUUGGUUAACUUAACGUCUAACAUUCACAUUACGAUACAUUUGACUAACACCUUUGUCGCUAGCGUGUUUCUGCUAUGUUGUUUUUGAACGUUACAGUAAGCAGGCUAGCCACACAGUUCGGCGUGCUACUUGCAAACUAACAAGAUAUUGCUGAAUUGUGUUCUUCUAGACAACAGACCGAUUUUGCGUCGCAAAAUUAUCCUGCGGAACGAACACAGUUAACGUUAGUUAGCAAGCUAGCAUAUUCUGCUAGCUGGCAAUUUGCGAGAUCUUUUCGUAAAUGACUACCGGCAGGAAUAACCGUGUGAUGAUGGAAGGAGUUGGUGCAAGAGUGAUCCGCGGACCCGAUUGGAAAUGGGGAAAACAGGAUGGUGGAGAGGGACAUGUAGGCACCGUCAGGAGUUUUGAAAGUCCGGAAGAAGUGGUUGUUGUCUGGGAUAACGGGACUGCAGCCAACUACCGGUGCUCUGGUGCAUACGACGUGAGGAUAUUUGAUAGUGCUCCCACAGGUAUCAAGCAUGACGGCACCAUGUGCGACACCUGUCGUCAGCAGCCUAUCAUCGGGAUCCGCUGGAAGUGUGCUGAAUGCAACAACUAUGACCUCUGCACCACCUGUUACCAUGGAGACAAGCACCACCUGCGACAUCGCUUCUACAGGAUCACUACCCCUGGUAGCGAGAGAGUCUUGUUGGAGUCUCGCCGUAAGUCGAAGAAGAUCACAGCCCGAGGCAUCUUCACCGGUGGCCGGGUGGUGAGAGGAGUGGACUGGCAGUGGGAGGAUCAGGAUGGAGGCAACGGAAGGAGAGGAAAGGUGACAGAGAUCCAGGACUGGAGUGCAGCCAGCCCCCACAGUGCAGCCUACGUCCUCUGGGACAAUGGGGCCAAGAACCUCUACAGAGUGGGCUUCGAGGGGAUGUCGGAUUUGAAAUGUGUCCAGGAUGCCAAAGGAGGCUCUUUCUACAGAGACCACUGCCCUGUUCUAGGUGAGCAGAAUGGCAACAGAAACCCAGGCGGUUUGCAGAUCGGAGACCUGGUCAACAUCGACCUGGACCUGGAAAUAGUCCAGUCCCUGCAGCACGGCCACGGAGGCUGGACAGACGGUAUGUUCGAGACUCUCACCACCACCGGUACCGUGUGUGGCAUCGACGAGGACCACGACAUUGUGGUGCAGUACCCCAGUGGGAACAGGUGGACGUUCAACCCUGCGGUGCUGACCAAGGCCAACGUGGUGCGUAGUGGGGAAGGUGUUGCGGCGGGGGCAGAUGGAGGCAGCUCCCAGUUCCUGGUGGGAGACCUGGUCCAGAUCUGCUACGACAUCGACCGCAUCAAGCUGCUGCAGAGAGGCCAUGGGGAGUGGGCUGAGGCCAUGCUGCCAACCCUGGGCAAGGUGGGCCGCGUGCAGCAGAUCUACUCUGACAGCGACCUGAAGGUGGAGGUAUGUGGAACGUCAUGGACCUAUAACCCUGCUGCCGUCACCAAGGUGGCCCCCACUGGCUCUGCUGUCACCAACGCCUCCGGAGAGCGUUUGUCUCAGCUGCUGAAGAAGCUGUUUGAGACCCAGGAGUCGGGUGACGUCAAUGAGGAACUGGUCAAAGCAGCAGCCAAUGGAGACCUGGCCAAGGUGGAGGACAUCCUCAAGAGACCUGACGUGGACGUGAACGGGCAGUGUGCUGGACACACAGCCAUGCAGGCGGCCAGUCAGAACGGUCACGUAGACGUCCUCAAGCUGCUGCUGAAACACAACGUGGACCUGGAGGCUGAGGACAAGGAUGGAGACCGGGCGGUGCACCACGCGUCCUUCGGAGACGAGGGCUCUGUGAUCGAGGUGCUGCAGAGGGGCGGUGCCGACCUGAACGCCAGGAACAAGCGCAGACAGACCCCCCUGCACAUUGCUGUCAACAAAGGCCAUCUGCAGGUGGUCAAGACCCUGCUGGACUUUGGCUGCCACCCCAGCCUCCAGGACUCCGAGGGAGACACGCCCCUGCAUGACGCCAUCAGUAAGAAGAGGGACGACAUGCUCUCUGUGCUGCUGGAGGCGGGAGCUGACGUCACCAUCACCAACAACAACGGAUUCAACGCCCUGCACCACGCCGCCCUGCGAGGGAACCCCAGUGCCAUGCGUGUGUUGCUGGCCAAGCUGCCGCGGCCCUGGAUCGUAGAUGAGAAGAAAGAUGACGGUUACACCGCCCUGCACCUGGCGGCGCUCAACAACCACGUAGAGGUGGCCGAGCUGCUGGUUCACCAGGGCAGUGCCAGCCUGGACAUCCAGAAUGUCAACCAGCAGACAGCCCUGCACCUGGCUGUGGAGAGACAGCACACACAGAUAGUCAGGCUGCUGGUGCGAGCAGAGGCAAAGCUGGACGUGCAGGACAAGGAUGGGGACACUCCUCUCCACGAGGCGCUGCGUCACCACACGCUGUCCCAGCUCCGCCAGCUGCAGGACAUGCAAGACGUCAGCAAGGUGGAGCCCUGGGAACCCUCCAAAAACACGCUAAUCAUGGGCCUGGGCACCCAGGGAGCAGAGAAGAAGAGUGCAGCGUCCAUCGCCUGCUUCCUGGCAGCUAACGGAGCAGACCUGACCAUGCGCAACAAGAAGGGCCAGUCCCCUCUGGACCUCUGCCCUGACCCCAGUCUCUGUAAGGCCCUGGCCAAGUGCCACAAGGAGAAGAUCAGUGGCCAGGUGGGCUCUCGCAGCCCGUCUCUGAACAGUAAUGGUGAGACCCUGGAGGAGUGUAUGGUGUGUUCUGACAUGAAGAGAGACACCCUGUUCGGACCAUGCGGACACAUCGCCACCUGCUCUCUCUGCUCCCCCCGCGUCAAGAAGUGUCUCAUCUGCAAGGACCAGGUCCAGUCCAGAACCAAGAUCGAGGAGUGUGUCGUAUGUUCUGACAAGAAGGCUGCUGUGCUCUUCGAGCCCUGCGGUCACAUGUGCGCCUGUGAAAACUGUGCCGGCCUCAUGAAAAAGUGCGUACAGUGCCGGGCUGUUGUGGAACGCCGCACGCCCUUUGUCCUUUGUUGUGGAGGGAAAGGUAUGGAGGGUGAUGCCGCUGAUGAUGAUGAUGAUGAUGAUGAUGAUGAUGAUGAUGAGGACCUUACAGGUAACUCUAACUCAGCUCUAAUGGCAGGGGGCUCGCUGGAUCUACUCCAGCCCAACAAUCUGGCACUAAGUUGGUCCAGCGGUAACAUCCCAGCCAUGCAGAGAGACAAAGACAACACCAAUGUCAACGCUGACGUUCAGAAACUGCAGCAGCAACUGCAGGACAUCAAGGAGCAGGUAAGCGUGGUGACCAUGUGUCCGGUGUGCCUGGACCGGCUGAAGAACAUGAUCUUCAUAUGUGGCCACGGCACCUGCCAGCUGUGUGGCGACCGCAUGAGCGAGUGCCCCAUCUGCCGCAAGGCCAUCGAGAGGCGCAUCCUUCUGUACUAGAGUCCCAGGCUUCAGUCUGAGCCUUCUACACCCCCACCACCCCCCAUGAGGCCUUUAAGAGGUGCAUCCAUCUGUACUAGAGUCCCAGGCUUGUCUCAGCCCCCCCCCCCCAUCUACAACCAACCACACCAGCUGCUGCUCUCCCAUCUAUCUCGGCGUCUUAACACCAGAAUUACCAAUGUGGCUUCUUUUAAAAAUGGAAACUUUGUUAUAAAACAAUCAAACAUUGUACUGAAAGAGGUCUUGGUCUUGCAGCUCAGCUGAAAGCCUGUAGCAGCCUGAUUCUUUGCUUUUCUCCUCAGAAUGCCCUUUCGCCUCUCUCUCGUUACUCUCUCUCGCUCUUCCCCCCCUCCCCUCUCUGUUGUUUUCCUGUUUCUGUGUGAGAACGCCUCUUCCUGUUAUCAUUGUGGUGGGGUUAUUGGCACACAUCCCAACCCUGCCCUGUGUUGACCUUGGGAUAUGGACUGAGGGAUAUGGUCAGAGCCACUUAGUCCCAUCUCCAAUGUCCUAUUCAUUAGGGCACGCUCUGUCUCUCCUGACGAAGGGCUGCCCCUCCUGUCGAAGGGCUGCCCCUCCUGUCGAAGGGCUGCCUCUCCUGUCGAAGGGCUGCCUCUCCUGUCGAAGGGCUGCCUCUCCUGUCGAAGGGCUGCCUCUCCUGUCGAAGGGCUGCCUCUCCUGUCGAAGGGCUGCCCCUCCUGUCGAAGGGCUGCCUCUCCUGUCGAAGGGCUGCCCCUCCUGUCGAAGGGCUGCCCCUCCUGGCGAAGGGCUGUCUCUCCUGUCGAAGGGCUGCCCCUCCUGUCGAAGGGCUGCCCCUCCUGUCGAAGGGCUGCCCCUCCUGGCGAAGGGCUGCCUCUCCUGUCGAAGGGCUGCCCCUCCUGUCGAAGGGCUGCCCCUCCUGUCGAAGGGCUGCCCCUCCUGUCGAAGGGCUGCCCCUCCUGUCGAAGGGCUGCCCCUCCUGUCGAAGGGCUGCCCUCCUGUCGAAGGGCUGCCCCUCCUGUCGAAGGGCUGCCCCUCCUGUCGAAGGGCUGCCCCUCCUGUCGAAGGGCUGUCUCUCCUGUCGAAGGGCGCUGCCUCCUGCCUCUGAUGCUUAACCUAAAACCUAAAGCCCAUUUAUCAUUGAUUCUAUUUGUAUUUAUUAUGCAAGAGUAUUGGUAAUAGAUGCUACUGACGUGGGUAUUCACUACUUUUGUAGUUUACUCAACAUUUCAUGAUGGCUACAAUAUGAUGACAUAUUUGUAUACAUACAAAAAAUGCGAUGUCCAGCACUUUUACAAGUUCAGCCAGUCUUCUGCUACACGUGCAUAUUUGAGAUGGGUUGUUGUGACAUGUUGGGGGUUUUGGCAAUGAGGCCCUUUAUUUCCCCAGAGUCAGAUGAACAUGUGGAUACCAUUUUUAUGUCUCUGUGCAGUUUGAAGGAAGUUGCUAACUAGCGCAAUUGCUAACGAGCUAUAGCGCAAUGACCUGAAGUCUGCGUAAUAUGCUAGCAGAUACAAUAGACUUUCAGUCAUUGUGCUAAUGCUAGUUAGCAAUGGAUCGCUAAAACUACCUCUAACUUCCUUCAUACUGGACACAGACAUAAAAAUGGUACCCACAAGUUCAUCGGACUCUGGGGCACUAGACAAAGGUCAUUGCCAAAAUCCCGAAGUAUGCCUUUAAGACCUGCACAGGGCAGGUUAGCACGCUAUCUAGGGAGAAAAACUGCUGAUUGAACAAAAGCAAAAUUGCUGUUCUGUUUGUCUAAACUUUGGAGGUCCAAAUCCACCUUAACUCUGACUGACUGAUAAGGUGGUGACACCGCUGCAGUCCAAUCUUCUGCUAACACCUCAUCACAUGUACCUUGUUUACCAACCCCUCUCUCUGGAGAAACACAGACAGGCCAGGCAGUAUAACACCUUUGGUCUGCAAUUGUUAAUACUUAAGUACAGUAGACCCAGUAUAGAUGCAAGUCAAGACAGUGUUUCAUUCAGCCUACUUAUAAGUGAAUACUAUCAUGUACCUGCUGGACAUUUCUGAGGAUUAAUUAACUUAAUUGAGCAUUUGUACAAACAUAGUAUGUCAUCAUGUAUGACACAAGUUGCUUUAGAGCUGUUCCAAGACUAUAGAUGGUAUUAUCUGUCUGGUAUACAACCAUCCUAUGAUUCUUAUAAGCAUCGCUAAUAACCUUUGAUUAUUCAUGUGCCAUUGCUUCCAAAAAUGAUUUACCUGUUAAAUGUUGUUUGGGGAUAAGGUGCUCUUAAUCUGGUAUUGCUUUUAUUUAAAUGCAUUUGCUGAAUUCUUGUAAUAAACGCAUUUAUUGAGCUAGAGUGUACAAUCUAAUAGAAAGCCAAGAUGAUAAAAUAUAGAGUAAAUUAUUUUGUAUUGCUGCCCACAAAUAGGAUUUAGAAGUGUAUCUCUAUAGAGCCUUGCCUAUAAUGUAAUGUAGCUGCCCACUCUCACCCACACAUCCUGCUUCAAUAUCAAUGUUGAAAUGUGGCUUUUAGUUUGAUAGACUUCAAGCAAAAAAAACACUAAGCAUUAUUUUAUCUUGUUUUGUCUGCAAGUCUAACAUGUUCAGAGUCAGUAAUGAGACUGGUGAUAAGGGAGACAAUUUUGUCAGGUUUUACAUGUAUUCUUCUACCAGUGUUUUGGGGGAUAGAAAGAAAAUGGUUCCACUGGUAAAGUUGACACUAAUAAGGCAGAUCCCUCUGUGUGGAGCCAAGCUGUUUACCUUGCUAUAAGCUGACCAGCUUGACCACGCAAAUAAGCAAUUUUAUAGGAAAGAAAGAAAAGUAGCUUCAUACUUUUUUACUACCUGUUUUUAUUUCACCGAUCGCGUUAACGAUCGCGUUAACAUUCUAAAAGCACUAAUAUUGCUUUAUGGUAGUAUUGUCUUGUUAGUUGUUAUAAAGGCCUAUUUUGUACCUUAUGUUCAAAACUUAUUAUACCUGUCAAGAUUGAAAGGUUUCAGUAGUAUUCUUUCCUUUUUUAGGCAUGAAUGUUUCAUUUAUGCAGUACGACAUGCAUUAUAAAAGCUGGUCACUCUGUAUUACUGAAAGUGCUUUUCAAACCACUGUGUAACUGAAAUAAACUUCUGAAUGAAUCUUUAGACCUCUA